AUGCGUAACCGAACAGGGCCCUACGGUGGCUUGUUACGUCUCGAACCUCACAUGGUUGUUCGUCCGGUCCGUAUUCUCCAAGCUGCAAGGAUGGUCUCCACGCUCGUCGGGCAGAGUGGUCGCGAGUACAGCCUCCAAAAAGUGCUCCAACGGCACCCCAAGAAGCCCGAACUUAGCGUCUGUCUUGCGCUUUAUGGCAAGACGCCUUACGCCGUAAAGCCCGUUUCCGAAUCCAUCUUGGGGCAUCUACAAAAGUUCAAAGCCGGGUUUAAAACCCAUCCCCAUCUUCGCAAUCCUAUUGACAAGAUCGAAAAAAGAGACCAUUCUUGUCUACGAAUUCUUCAAAACCGAUUUGCUCGCAUUGAUGUGAAACCAGAAGAUAUCUUCCUGAAUUGGUACGUGGAUUCGAGCGACGAAUUUCACCUUGGGAAAAUAGUCUUGGGCGAUAUGGACUGCGCGUUGAAAUUAAAGGGCGACAAACUACUGAGCUACAAGAUUGGAAACAUCAUAUGGCGUAAGUCUGGAAGGACAGCUAGGAAGAGGCGCAGGAAAGCCUUCCAAAGUCUUCUCCUUUACUCUUUUGGUGCACUUGUACAGCAUGUCGAUGAUGCGAAGACUGGCGAGAUUCUGACUGGUUUAUGGCAGGCAGUGAAGGAGAACGAGUUCCGUAACCUCACUGACGAAGCAAAGAGGUUGAUCUUGAGGAUGACCAAUCUCGAUCCAGCUAAGAGAGCAACGAUGUCAGAGAUUGUAAAGGACGAUUAUUGGGUCGAGGAUGAAAAUUCUUGA